AUGGAAAGCCAAAUAGAAAGCUCGUGGAGCGAAGAAAAUUCACUGCAAUUAAUAGCAGAGUACAGGGCCCGCGAAAUUCUGUGGAACCCGAAAAAUGAAAACUUCUAUAAAAAACAUUUUAAACAGGACGCUUGGAACGAAAUCGCGCAGUUGAUGUCCAUGACGAACGAAAAAUGUAACAGCAAAAUUGUUAGCCUCCUAUCUUCGUAUCGCCGCGAAAAACUGCGGGAACGAAAAUCAGUAACGCGGGGGAAAGAUCCCGCUGAUAGAUACAAAAGUCGAUGGUUUGCUUACAAUGCCUUAAAGUUCUUGGACGACAGGAACAAACCACGAAAAAGAAGAAUUAUGGAAAUACUUCAAAACCCGAGCCCAGAAAAGACCAACAACACAGAACCCUCUGCUAUGCAACUAACACCUCAAUUACAAACGAGAAGAAAUAUUACGAUUAUGUCCACUAACUCAAUAGGUACAAUACACACGGCAAAUAAAACGGGAAAUACAGAAAACAGCCAAGCAUUAACUAAAAGUUUUUCUACCUUCAUCGGAGCCAAAAUGAGCACUUAUUCCGACCAAACGAGAACAUCUGUGGAGCACGCAAUUUUCGAAAUUCUGAUGAAGGCUGACCGGGGCUAUUUUGAGUUACCAUGGCGACAGCGUUGUGACCAACAGGAAGACAUUUAA